GGUGUCUCUUUGCGACCUUCAUUUCCUUCCCAAGAUGGCGGUCUUUGUUGCCAUGUGAACGGCCAGCGCCGGUUCUUUUGCCGUCGGACUGGGUCCUGGGCCACAGAGUCGUUUCAGUCACCUCCGCGGGAUGUUAUAUCAGCGAAUGCCCGGAUAAGAAGCGGCCCCGCUGGUUUGAUGUAGAUGGCUGGGACCUUCCGGCGAUGCUCACCCUCUUGGCAGCUCGUCAGAGCGGCUGCGACGAUCCGCUGCGAGUGAGGAGAGCGGAAUGUACUCGAAGGGUGUUAAAUCUGGAGUUGAACAAAGACCGGGAUGUGCAGAGAAUCCAUGGAAGUGGAGUUAAUACUCUUGACAUUGAUCCUGUUGAAGGAAAGUACAUGCUGUCCGGUGGAUCAGAUGGCAUAAUUGCAAUAUAUGAUUUGGAGAAUGCCACUAAAAAACUACAGUACACAUGCAAGGCAAUUUGUACAGUGGGCAGGUCCCAUGGCCAUGUGCACAAAUACAGCGUGGAGACUGUUCAGUGGUAUCCUUGUGACACUGGCAUGUUUACAUCCAGCUCAUUUGAUAAGACUUUGAAAAUAUGGGACACAAACAGGUUAUUGCCUGCUGAAGUGUUCUGUUUUGAAGGAACAGUUUACUGUCAUCAUAUGUCACCAGUCGCAACCAAACACUGCCUCAUAGCUGUUGGUACCAAGAAUCCUAAAGUACAGCUUUGUGAUCUUAAAUCUGGAUCCUGCACCCACAUUCUGCAAGGCCACAGAGGUGAAAUAUUAUCAGUGAAAUGGUCACCACGCUAUGAACAUAUCCUUGUAACAGCAAGUGCCGAUAGCACAGUUAGAAUCUGGGAUGUGCGAAAAGCUUCUGGAAGUUUAAUUUUGCUUGAUCAACAUAAUGGGGAAAUUGCUAAAUCAUCUUCAGAGGCAGCAAAUACUGCUCAUAAUGGACGUGUUAAUGGUCUGUGCUUUACUAGUGAUGGACUUCACCUUUUAACUGUUGGCACAGAUGAUCGCAUGAGACUCUGGAAUAGCUCCACAGGACGCAACGUGCUGGUAAAUUAUGGAAGAGUAUCUAAUGAAAGCCGUAAAGGUCUCAAAUUUGCAGUGUCCACUGGAUGCAGCCCAGAUUUUGCCUUUGUUCCUGUUGACAGUUGUAUUGCUGUGUAUGACAUCUACUCUGGACAACUGUUAACUGAACUCCGGGGACAUUAUAAUUACGUAAACUGUUGCACAUUCCAGUCUGAUUUCCAAGAACUUUAUAGUGGUGGCAGUGAUGUUAAUAUUUUAGCAUGGAUUCCUGAUCUUGGACGAACAAGUAUGGAAAAUGAUGAACCUGACAAGCCUACAGCUGGGUCUUCUCAGAACCUCAUCUUCCAGGAUGAAUGGAGUAGCAGUGAUGAAGAAAACUGAAGUACAGUUUAUUGUUUUGGAGCAACAAAUGGUUCUGAAUGUAUGUGUACAGCUAUAGAAUACCUCACACCUGUUCAAAUGUCGAAUGACAACCUGCAUUCCAUGGAAUUUACAGCUUGAUGAAUUAGUGGGUAAAUCUUUUGUGGUACAAAGCCAUAGAAACCUAGAUUGAUCACAGGACUGAUCUGAAGUAACUGACCCCAGUGCUACAAUAGUGCUACAUUAGGUCCUUCUCCCUGAUAUUGGAAGAGGGAAUAAAUAUCAGCGUUGGUUCCAGCUAUUGGUUGAUGCCCAAUUUCCCCGGCUGAAAGUACUUUUAUUUGGAUCGUACUUGGACAAUGUACUGAAAGUCACUGUCCAGAUUCAUUUAUAAGAGGUAAGAGAAAGAUAUUUGAAAGCUGCCAGCCCUGUGGGGGCAAAAAAGCACAGUGUGGAAUUGAUUCCUACAGGAUACAAAAGAUGAAAAUAUAAUUAGUUAUGAAGAUUUAAAACAUGAGAUACUGGAAAUAUUUAGAAUAUUACAUUGAAUAGUUUCCAGUGCUUACCCUUUUAAUAAUUGAACAGUUGUCUUUACCAAAAAAUAACAUUGCUUAUUUCCAGGUUGAAUGAUUCUUGAAAUGAGUUAAUAAUGUCACUCAUCACAGCCAGCUAGUUUCUGGCUCCAUGCAUGGCGCAGACACGUGCACACAUGCAUAUGUGUACACACACAUUCAUAGACCUCGUUGACAAUUUGAAUAACCGCUAUUAACUGGGUUUUGAUGCAACUAAUUUGGAUCCAAAUGGUGAUUAGAGUCGUAUGACAUUGCUGGAUAAACCUGAGUAUUUUGAGAUUGUACAGUUCACUGCUGGUCCACUUGGUUCCUUCAAUUUUCAGGUUACAAACUGCAGUUGCCCGAAGAUAUUUAUAAGUGUUUGUGAUGAAGGCUGGUAUCUAUGCUGUUAAAAUUGAUAUGUAAAAACUGAAAAGUUGAAUUGCUGGAAAUGAUUUGACUGACAGAACAUAAAACACAUUAAUCAUUUUUUAUACAUAAAGACAAAAUGAAGCAUUUGUUUUGAACAGAAGACUUUUUUAAAACUUGAAAUGCUGAAAGAUUGAGUACGAGAGAUUAAGUUUAAAUGUUGGAUUUGUGUAUUUUAAAUAUAUGUUCUGUGUAAAAACUAUUUUGCCUACUGGACAAAAUUUUUGAAGGUCAAUACUUAAUAAAAUCAAAUCAAAAACUAA